GUCAAAAUUCUGUCAAAAAUAAUCUGACUUUUCAAAAUUGUAUUUUUUAUUUUUUUUGCACUUUAAUAAGCAAGAAAAUGGCUAAAAGAAGAUCAGAUUCGCCGGAACUUGGCCACAAAUUUGGUAGACCUGAUAUUGAAAGAAUUGGAUUGUUCAGUGAAAUGGUGUAUUUAAGUGCAAAAACGUACCCAAAAAAGAAAAUUCACAGAGAACCAAGAAACAUGUAUUGUGAAGGACGGAAAUCUAAAAAUGGGACACAGCAUGGAUAUUUUGAUCUUGAAUUUAAAAGAGUUUUUUCUAAAGAGGCAAUAAAAGGGAGAGGAAGAAAACCGGCCCCUCCAAAGUUCAAAAACGUUUCAGAACGUCCUUUUUUACCUCCAAUUGGUUUCAAACAUCAUUCAUGUCCUGGUGAUUACUAUGGGACAUUUAGUGGAAUUAUUGAAGCUUUUGGUAAUAAGUUAAAACCAAAACCUCCAAGAAAAUCUCAAGGAAGAAAUUUAUUGUCAAAUCCUGGAAAAUUAGGAGGUCCUGGAUAUGCAGACAUAUGUUUAAGUCGUUAUCCAGAACACAAACCUGACAGGUACGGUUUGAAACCUAAAUAUAAAGAAUAUGGGAAAAAUUUGGGAAGAGCUAUGGUCAAUGUUCAUUACCCUCAACCAUUCUUCGACAAAAAUCCCUUUGCUGACCCACCAAACAUCAAAUCUGGACCCACUUAUGUUAGACCAAAAGAUAAAGAAUUUAAAAGUCUUCAUCCUGGUUAUAUUGUACCCACUGGGCCGGGAAAACUGCAAGGAGGAUGUCAUGAUGGAUGCUUCGAUAAAUUUCCCGAAUACAAAUCUGAUAAAUACGGAGUACGAGUUAAGAAACCUCAUGAAAAAGUUUUUUAUCCUCCAUCAACCGCCAUGAAAAGCUAUUACAAUACAUCUGUUUUGUUUCAAAACGUUGAUGUUAAACUUAACAAAGAAAAUUAUGAAAAUUUUCAGCCAGUUUAUAAUAAAUACAUAAUAAUUAAUGAUUAA